AUGGCUAGUCUAGGCCGACUUUCAGAAGAGGUAUCUGACUAUUUGGCCGAUCAGAUAAUCUCGGCCAAGACGAAGAAUCUGAAGAGCACCAUGUGCGCGGAGUUCUCGAACAUACUUCACCUACGUUCGAAGACCAUGAAUGCUGCGAAUUUUAAAAGCCUGACAAAUGUGACGCGGGAGACUCUGCUACGGUUUCUUGACUGGAUCGCGCUUAUCAUCAUCCUCAAGACGCCAAUCAUCGAUACAUUACCUAUCGGAUGGCAGGAGACCCUAGAGUUCCGCCACACAUCUGUCAAGUGCUUGACACAGAUCGAAGGCCUCGAGGUAUCGUCAUCAAACUCAUAUGACGAGAAGCGAAAAAAGCCAGGGUCGAACUGGAUCAGUUCCGUCGGAAGAAAACCGCUUCGGAAAAGUUCGUUGGAGCCCAACUACCCCUAUUCUAAGGCAACCUCAACAGGUCACCGGAACAACGAGGCCCUGAAUCUUGUACUGGAAGUAAAAUUCUCGGACGAGAAUGCGAAACCGACUGUGGGCUUGCCAAUCGUCAAGAUUGAUAAGACGAAGAUGAAGACUGUGCAGUUGCAAGCGAAGAUGUUGGCCUUGGAAGAAGACGCAGCGCUGGAAGCUUUGCGUUCUCGACAAGUUGACCGAGAUCCAAACAAAGGGCCCGCUGAUAGCAAAGAGUCCAUUCGCAGCGCGCUAGUCGAGGUUCUGGACAGCCUCAUGGAAAUGACUCACUACAACCUAAAAAAGCGCUACAUGGACGAUUCCGCCGCAUUUUUGCGACAUCUGCUCUUCGAGCGUAGAACACUGAGAUCCAACAACGUUUUGAAGAUCCGGAAAAUCAUAUCACGGCUCCCAAAAGCAAGCCACCAGCACAAAGCAAAGAAAUCGGCUAAGAACGCAUCGGCAUAUGACACCUUGCACAAACUGUAUGUUGAAGAUUCGAGCAGUGAGUUUCGCAAGAAAUUCGAAGAACAAGACCGCAUCGCGAACUUGCGGGUUGCCGAAUCGCAGCAAACUGUGAACAAGCUCAGGCAAAAGUUCGUCGACCUUGAGCGGUCUCGUUCGGCCAUUAAAGCAGGGUACUCUAUUCACAAGCCAAAAAGCCAAGCCGAGGACCAAGCACAGGAGCUUGAGAAUGCUCUUACCGAAGUAGCUCGACUACCUCAAGCUGUUGAAGAGCAAUUUCAGACUAUUGAAGAGCUGGAGCAGCUGCUGAUGAGUACCAUGGCGCUUGCAAACGAGCACGUCGGAGAUCCUGCAGCACAGCCUUCUUUAGUAGAUGGCCCUGUUCAAGAGGAUUGGACAUCUUCAACAUUCGGGGAUCAGCUGGAAGUACCAGGAGAGGACAUCGACGAGCUCGAAGCGCAAUACUCGGCUAAGGACCAGAUGCGUGGAAAAGAAGCCACGUUGGAAAGCCAGCUCGGCGAUCUCAGAACAGAGAACGCUGAGCAAAGAAGAAACGAACUUCUAGUCUAA